UCAUCUGGUCUGAUCUGGAAUGCAGCAACUCUUCCCCACCAACACACACAAGUCUUCUGUGCUCUGAUUGGACAGCCAGUAUCAUCCAAGUAUCCUGAUUGGCCAAUAAUACCUCUGAGCCUGGAGCAUAUGCAUACCAGAGCAAUAUCCAGCCUACAAUUUCACUGCCAAUAAAUCCCGCCCUGCAAUCAAAUCUCCCCUUUCUGCUCAGAUUCUCUUGACACUUUUAGGAAAAAUAAGAAGGAAAUGGCCCAGCUGUCCGUUUAGCCCCAAUGCAAGGAGUCUGAAAUGCGAUCCUACCCUUGAGAUAGGGAUUGGCAAAUGUCGCGUGGCCACCACGCUGGAGUAUGAGUCGCUCAAAACAUGAAGCAGCCAAAAGUUUCAUUCAACUUGUAAAGGUCACAGGCUUGCAGCAACUGCGUGGAUGAGGCUUGGAUAAGACAGACGGCACGUUUUUGAUCCUGGAAGAGUGUUACGCACAGAAAAUAUGCCCCUAUUGAUGAGGAGGUCGGGUAAUGUGAGUCGACUUUGCAGGAUUGAUUGAAUAUAGCAUCAGCAGCGACGAGAGGUGGAUGCGUUCAGAGCUCUUCGUCAUUGCUGCAAGCCAUCUAGAUAAUCUUGUUAAAGAUAUUAAUAAAUUGAAAAGAUAGAAGUAAAAGCAGAAAAAAGUAUUGAAAAUCUUUUGUGGAAUUUCAUUACCUACUUUCUGCAUUUAACCUGGAGCCCUGAAUUUGAGAUGCAGACUUCAUGAAGGAUUGUGAUGCCUCUAGGAGAAAUUUCAAAAUUUGAUGUUAUUUUAGUUAUGGAAAUUCUGAUAAAGUGAAAGGAAGAUUGUGCCAGAAGAUAGCAAGGUAAAGGAGAGUACUUGAAAUGAUUAUUAUUAGGACGAUUAUCACUACUACAGAGAAAGCCCCUUGAAGACUGUCAAUAGAGUAAAUGUGAUUUUCAACACACCACAGUAACCCCAUAGGAGGAUUGAAAAUUUAAUUAAUUAAUGGCUUGGUAUCGGAAGCAUUUCAACUGAGAGUUAAUUAGGUAAAGUAGAAGGAUAAACAGAGAGAUUGCCAAUUUGAUGUAUAGUCCUCACCUUUUACGAAUUAUCAGUGUCACAAUGGCGCGAUCCACAAAAGUACGCACAGUGGUGACUGUAUUUGUAACAGCCACCAUCACAUAUAUGUUAAUGCACUCAAACUGUGGAGAUAAGACAGAGAAUGUACGAAUGGUGCCCGUAGAACCUCAUGUCCUCUAUGACGAUGCAAACAACGAAUACACAUACCACCGAGAAAUGCCUCUUAUAUUCAUCGGCGGGAUGCCACGGAGUGGCACGACACUCAUGCGUGCAAUGUUAGAUGCCCACGAUGAUGUGCGGUGCGGGGAAGAGACCCGUGUUAUACCGCGGAUACUGAGCAUGCGAGCUCAGUGGAUACGCUCUUCCAAAGAACAUGCGAGACUGCUUGAGGCCGGACUCACAGACAAUGUCGUCGACGAUGCCAUCUCGGCGUUCAUGCUUGAAAUCAUUGCCAAGCACGGGAAUCCAGCCCCACGGUUAUGCAAUAAAGACCCAUUUGUCCUCAAAUCUAUGUUAUACCUUCAUAAAGUGUUUCCAAAUGGGAAGUAUCUUCUGAUGAUACGAGAUGGACGAGCCACCGUGCACUCCAUCAUCUCACGGAAAGUGACGAUAACGGGAUUCGACAUCACAAACUAUCGGGAUUGCUUGAAGAAGUGGAAUCAGGCAGUUGAGAGCAUGUAUGACCAGUGCAUGAGAGUAGGAAAGCAAUACUGUCUACCAGUCUACUAUGAACAGCUUGUUCUACACCCAAAGGAAUGGAUGGAGAAGAUACUAACGUUCUUGGAUCUACCCUGGGAUGAGGCAGUCUUGCAUCAUGAGGAACACAUAGGAAAACCUGGUGGAAUCUCAUUGUCAAGGUAACAGUAUACUUUCAAUUAUUUUCCAAGAGAGGGGAGGGAGGGGGGGUGUUGGCAGGAGUGCACUUGCAGCAUGUCCUGAAGAAAACACAGAUUGCUUACUAAAGUAAGUAGAGGGUACUAGGAAGGGAUCCUCUUUCUAUUGAGAAGGAAUUUAGUCCAUUCUAUGGAUUCCAAUGAUAUACAUGCCAACUGUUGGGGGAGAGAUAUAUUACUAUUUUAAUCUUUAUGUUCAUAUUUCUUUAAAAAUGUUAUUUCAGUAUUGAAGAGGUAGUAUAAGAAUGUUCCUAUUUCUGGAAAUUACACUGACGAGGAUCCAAUAAGGAUUGUUCUUUCAAAUUAGCGAUAAAUUGCUAAGGGCCCCAUGUCUUUAGAAGAAUUCAGAUAGUAGCAGUUAUAACACUAAAAAACAUCUUGUUACCAUCUGCUUGCAUCUUGUUGUCAUGGUCAUAGGAUUGCCUUCAUAUAUAACUAAAGAAAAGAUAAAGGGUUGGAAGGGAAUGAUGUAUUGAGGAUACUUUUUCAGACCCAUUUAGAACAUGAAAGCAUUAUGUUUUUGUGGUAAUAUGGUGUUUUCAUUUUCUCACCAAAGUAAGGAAGGAUGCUACAUAAUGUGGAUAUGUCAUGAACAUUAUUCACUGUUAAUAAGCAUUUCAUUAUCAUCCAACUCCUCCUACAAUGGACUCCUUUUGAGAAUUCAUUGGUUACUUGUUGUCUUGUCAAGUUUAAAAGCUUGGAAAUAAAACUUGAAAGUUAUAGGAAUUCCAUUUUUAAUGUAAUUGUAGAGGUACCGAACUACCGAUUAUACAUUUAGUGAUCAUGCCGUUGUCAAAGUAACAAAGUACUAGCCAAUUGUUCAAAGAGCAUUGACAGAUGAAGGGAGGGUGAGAAGUCAGGUUGCUUUAUUUCGCUUUUUAUUCAGAAAAGCAAGUAGUAAAA